UUCGAUAUUUUUUCAUUAUCAAAACGCGUUUCAGAUCUCGUUUUGAUCAUUGUUACUCGAUCGACUACGUUGCUGUUGAAAAUGAUUUGAUUUUUCCAGUGAAGUUGUUCGUGAUCGUGGAAAUAAAAAUUAAAAGGUUGAACGAGUAUUUCUUUAAUUGACGAAAUUUUAGUCGACGAUCGAAUCCUGUGAUAUUUUGCAGGAAGUUAGACAAAGUUGAAGACCUUAUCAGGAAAAUAAUUUUCAUCGAGGAACCGUUCUUUAAACGUCACAGGGUUUAUUUCAAGAGAAAUAAUGUUUCCGCGAGGAAGAAAGAUUCAGUUGAUACCGUGUUUCGGUAGCGUCGAGAUCGUAACGUGUUUAUGGAUCGCGUGUGCGGUUUUAACCCUGGUCGCUUCCCAGCCAAACUUCUACAUCGGACGAUAUGGUAAACGACAGGAACCACGUGCAGAUUCUUUGUUCGUGUCGGGGAGCAGGUACGGACGUAGUCAAAAUUUGCAAAAGAGCAGCGAAUAUUUACCAAAAUUGGUGGAAGUGGUGCCAAGAAUGGACCGGUUCUUUCUGGGUAGUCGAUACGGCAAACGUUCACCUUUGGAUUAUCGAACUGUAUCUUCCGUAAAUCGAUUCAGCGCUGUUCUAAAUUUCAUGGAUCAAGUUAAUCACGUUAAUCUCGAUCGAGACAACGACGCGAGGAAUGGAAACGAUCUUGUUCUUCUAUCCUAAGACUAUCGUUUCGUUGACACGUACGACGACUCGUUGACUAUUUCUCCUGCAAACGAAACGAAAAGAAAAUAGCGACGAGAAGAUGAGAAGAAAAUAGCGAACGAAAGAGACGCGAGACAUUUGAGUGUGAACACGUUUCGAUUUUCUAACUAGGUUCUCUGUUUUAAUGAUUCAUUGUUCUUAAUCGAGUUAAAUAGUGUACAAAAUUUUGAGUGAAGUCGAUCAGACACGCUGAAGACGAAAAUAUAAGCUU